AUGCAUUCUUUCACGCUUUUUGUCGUUAUCCUCCCCGCUAUCCUGAGCGUGUGCCACGGAGCAGCGUUCAGCCCGCCGGAAUGCGUCGGUGAUAUCAAGGAGUUCCCGAACUGCGAAAAGGCCGAUGCCAUCGCUAGAAAAUGCAGCAAUCUCCCAAAGCAGGAGACCAUCAAGUGUUUCUGCACCCAAGAUCUACUGAACGCCUACGUUGGAUGCAAAGGCGAAUUCAGGCAAUGCGCCCUGGGCAACUCCUUUGACAGCGCCUCCGAUGACCAGAUCGCACUAUGGCAAGAUACGUGCGGCCCCUAUCUGCCGAAAGACAUCACGACGCCCGUCGCCCCCACCGCGACGAGGACGCUGGACGAUGACGCGUGCAAGAGCGCCGUCGAGAGCUGCGCCCAGCUGAGCCAGUCCAUCACCUCGUGCUCUUCCGCGUACACCAAGCCGGCGGAGCUCACCAGCUGCCGCUGCCAGGAGUCGCUUGUCUCGCUCGCCUCGGCGUGCGACGUCAACGGACGGCAGUCGUGCGUAGGGGUGAUGUUGACGACGAGCAACAUUUGGGAGUUUCGAAACUGCGAAGCCGCCACCAGCAUCUUGCAAAGUUCAAAGGUAGAUCAUUGUGAGCUUUACCAGUGGGGAGUCAAUGACUAA